GGACGCGGGCGGGCGGCGCCGGCGGGAGCGCGCCCGUCGCAAGAUGGCGGCGGCCAUACCAGGCCUCGGGGCUGUGUGUGCGCAGCGGGCGGCGGCAGCGCGGCCCAGGCAGCAGGCGCGGCGGCUCUGCUAGCCCGGCCCUCGGCUCCUCUUUGCGGUCGCUACCUCCUCCUCUCCCGCCUCGGCCGGUAUGGAUCUGCCCGUGGGCCCGGGCGCGGCGGGGCCCAGCAACGUCCCGGCCUUCCUGACCAAGCUGUGGACCCUCGUGAGUGACCCGGACACGGACGCGCUCAUCUGCUGGAGCCCGAGCGGGAACAGCUUCCACGUGCUGGACCAGGGCCAGUUUGCCAAGGAGGUGCUGCCCAAGUACUUCAAGCACAGCAACAUGGCUAGCUUCGUGCGGCAGCUCAACAUGUAUGGCUUCCGGAAGGUGGUCCACAUUGAGCAGGGUGGCCUGGUCAAGCCGGAGAGGGAUGACACCGAGUUCCAGCACCCAUGCUUCCUGCGAGGCCAGGAGCAGCUCCUCGAGAACAUCAAGAGGAAAGUGACCAGCGUGUCCACCCUGCGGAGCGAGGACAUAAAGAUUCGCCAGGACAGCGUCACCAAGCUGCUGACCGAUGUGCAGCUGAUGAAGGGGAAGCAGGAGAGCAUGGACUCCAAGCUGCUGGCCAUGAAGCAUGAGAACGAGGCGCUGUGGCGAGAGGUGGCCAGCCUGCGGCAGAAGCACGCCCAGCAACAGAAAGUCGUCAACAAGCUCAUCCAGUUCCUCAUCUCGCUGGUGCAGUCAAACCGGAUCCUAGGGGUGAAGAGAAAGAUCCCCCUGAUGCUGAACGACGGCGGCCCUGCGCACCCCAUGCCCAAGUAUGGCCGGCAGUACUCGCUGGAGCACAUCCACGGCCCAGGCCCCUACCCGGCCCCCUCUCCAGCCUACAGCGGCUCCAGCCUCUACUCCCCAGACGCUGUCGCCAGCUCCGGACCCAUCAUCUCCGACAUCACCGAACUGGCCCCCAGCAGCCCUGUGGCCUCUGCCGGCAGGAGUGUAGAUGAGAGGUCCCUGUCCAGCAGCCCCCUGGUUCACGUCAAGGAGGAGCCCCCAAGCCCGCCACAGAGCCCCCGGGCAGAGGAUGCCAGCCCCGGCCGACCGUCCUCCAUGGUGGAGACGCCCCUGUCCCCAACCACCCUCAUUGACUCCAUCCUCCGGGAGAGUGAGCCCACGCCCGCUGUCUCCACCACACCCAUCGCGGACACCGGGGGCCGCCCCCCCUCACCCCUGCCCGCCUCGGCCCCCGAGAAGUGCCUCAGCGUUGCCUGCCUGGACAAGACCGAGCUCAGCGACCACCUGGACGCCAUGGACUCCAACCUGGACAACCUGCAGACCAUGCUGACAAGCCACGGCUUCAGCGUGGACACCAGCACCCUGCUGGACCUGUUCAGCCCCUCGGUGACGGUGCCGGACAUGAGCCUGCCCGACCUGGACAGCAGCCUGGCCAGUGUGCGUAGGUGGCGGGUGGGGUACCCCCCGGCCCCACCACACCCUGACCCAGUCCCACCCAUAGGGAAGCAGCUGGUGCACUACACCGCCCAGCCCCUGCUGCUGCUGGACCCAGGCUCCGUGGACGUGGGGAGCAGUGACCUGCCGGUGCUCUUCGAGCUGGGGGAGGGCUCCUACUUCUCCGAGGGAGACGACUACUCAGAUGACCCCACCAUCUCCCUGCUGACGGGCUCAGAGCCCUCCAAAGCCAAGGACCCCACUGUCUCCUAGAAGCCCCAGGAGGAGAGCCAGCCUUGGGCAGGGCUGCUGUCGGGGAGCCUGGUCCCCUGGCUGGCAGGGGUGGUGGGGGCAGGGGGCGGCGCUCAGCCCCCGGCCAGCACUGAGGGCCUAGCCCUGUGAGCUACGGCUCCCCUGGGCUUCACGGCCACACUCAGACUGACCAGGACGCAGGUGUUCAUAGAAUUGUAUUUUGGAUUUUUACAUGAGAGUCCCCCUUUCCCCUUCGAUAGAGAUACAGAUAUAUACGUGGACAGACAGACUGAUGAGCCAGGCAGAGAUUUAUAAACAACGAGCUCUGUG